UUGAACUCACGACCGCCUACUUGCAAGGCAGGUGCUUAAUGCCACUGAGCUAAAUCCCCAGCCCCUUGUUUUUACUUUUCUGGGUCACUAGAAUUUCCAUAUGAAUUUUAGGGUCAGCUUGUCAGUUUUUGUGAUGAAACCAGUGGAGUUGCUGUUAGAAUGGGGUGGAUCUGUAGAUUAAUUUGGAGUAGUUUUAUUUUUGUUUUGUGGUACUGAGAAUCAUCCUCAGGACAGUGCACAUGCUAAACAAGCACUCUACCUCUGAGCUGUACUCACAGACCACAGUUUGGAGAGCAUUGCCAUUUUAUCUAUAUUGUUUUUGGAUCUAUGAACAUGUAACAUCUUUAGUGUGUUUCCAUUUAUUUAGACCUUCAGGUUUUGGAGCUUUUCUUAUUUUUGUUUUUUGGGGUUUUUUUUUGCCUGAGGAUUGGACCCAGGACCUUGCAUACGCCAAACCCUCUUUCCUACACUUUUUCAUUUAGGGGAGGGGGUAGCUUCCAUGAGCAAAACCCCUGAGCCAUGCUCGGGACCGGGAUAGUAGUAUAUUUCCCUCUGAGUGAGAAGCAGGAAUGGCUAGGGCAUGGAGCAGUGUGGAGCUUCCUUCCUGUGCUGAACAGAGGCUGGCCCUUCCGGCUCCGCCCAACCUGUGAGUAGGGGCUGGCAGGUAGAGGAAGGAAGUCUCUGGCCUGCCUACUACACUCCAUGGAAAGUUGGGACACUGAGAAGUGCUGAGAGCCUGCCCCUCCUGAGUUGGGCUUCCUGCAUUGACCAUGCCUGUGCCCGCUGAGGGCACCCCACCAACCCUGAAUGGCACCCCUGUCCCAGUCCCAGCUUACUUCCGCCAUGCAGAGCCUGGCUUCUCUCUCAAGAGGCCCAGGGGGCUUAGCCGGAGCCUCCCUCCACGGCCCCCUGCCAAGGGCAGCAUCCCUGUCAGCCGUCUCUUCCCUCCUCGGACCUUGGGCUGGCACCAGCCCCAGCCUCGGAGAGUGUCAUUCCGGGAUGAGGCCUCAGAGCUCCUGCAAAGCCCUGGGUAUGACCCACACAGGCCAGAGUCCUUCUUCCAGCAGAGCUUCCAGAGGCUCAGCCGCCUGGGCCACGGCUCGUUUGGAGAGGUCUUCAAGGUACGCUCCAAGGAAGAUGGCCAGCUCUAUGCAGUCAAGCGCUCCAUGUCGCCAUUUCGGGGCCCCAAGGAUCGGGCCCGAAAACUGGCUGAGGUAUGCGGCCAUGAGAAGGUGGGGCAGCACCCACACUGUGUGCGACUGGAGCAGGCCUGGGAGGAGGGCGGUAUCCUGUACUUGCAGACAGAGCUGUGCGGACCUAGCCUCCAGCAACACUCUGAGGCUUGGGGUACCAGCCUGCCAGAGACUCAAGUCUGGGGCUACCUUCGGGACACACUGCUGGCUCUGGCCCACCUGCAUGGGCAAGGCCUGGUCCACCUUGAUGUCAAGCCAGCCAACAUCUUCUUGGGGCCCCGUGGCCGCUGCAAGCUGGGUGACUUUGGGCUGCUGGUGGAGCUGGGUACAGCCGGAGCCGGUGAGGCUCAGGAAGGAGAUCCCCGCUACAUGGCUCCUGAGUUGCUGCAGGGCUCCUAUGGGACAGCAGCAGACAUAUUCAGCCUGGGUCUCACUAUCCUUGAAGUAGCCUGCAACAUGGAGCUACCUCAUGGUGGGGAGGGCUGGCAGCAGCUGCGCCAGGGAUACCUGCCCCCUGAGUUCACUGCUGGUCUUUCUGCUGAGCUGCGUUCUGUCCUUGUCAUGAUGCUGGAGCCUGACCCCCAGCUGCGGGCCACAGCUGAGGCCCUGCUGGCCCUGCCCAUGCUGAGGCAGCCACGGCCUUGGAGUGUCCUGUGGUACAUGGCUGCCGAGGCCCUGAGUCGAGGCUGGGCCCUGUGGCAGGCCCUGCUCACUUUACUGUGCUGGCUCUGGCAUGGCCUAGCUCACCCUGCCAGCUGGCUGCAGCCCCCAGGCCCACCAGCUACCCCACCUGGCUCACCACCCUGCAGCCCACUUCUGGACAGCAGCCAUUCUAGCAGCUGGGAGGAUGACAGCAUAGGGCCCUCACUUUCCCCAGAGGCCGUCCUGGGCCCAGCCAUCAGGAGCACAUCCACACCCCAGGGCAGGCACACACUGAGAAAUGCCCUAGACCUGAGUGACAUGGACUCAGAGCAUCCUAGAGGUUCCUGUCCCUCUUUUGAGCCUCGGAACCUCCUCAGCCUGUUUGAGGACUCACUAGACCCAGUCUGAACCACAGGCCCAACGUUGGCGCUUUUAACCUUGGAACCCCUUUCCUGUUCCUCCCUUAGGAAGGUGGGAUCCCUUGGGGAAUUCCUGUAUCUAAUAAAAAGUAUUUGAAUCUUG